AGCAUCAUGCGAAUCGAAGUCGAUUUAGAUUCGAUUGUUUAUAAUUGGGAUCUUAUAUCAACAUACAAUCAAACGUUGUUGUUGUAAUAUUAUCUUAUUUAUUCAAAUUGACAAUUGAAUAUAGUUAAUAGUUAAAAGUAGAAAGUUCAACUUUCAUAAUUUGGUAGCAAUCAGCUGUCAGUAUAGAUUGUAAUUUAUUUUUACAAAGAUGACUGAUGUUUGGCAGAAUUGGAGUCCCUAUGCCAAAGAAUAUGAUCCUUUGAAAGCUGGGAGUAUUGAUGGCACAGAUACAGAGCCACACGAUAAAGCUAUUAACCAUGCAAUGGAAGCACAUUAUGAACCACCUCGUGGAUUGAAAUCAAAACCAGAAAGAACAUUAUUUGUGGCUAGAUUUGGACCAAAAGUUACCAGACAUGAUUUAAAGGAGUUCUUCUGUAGGUAUGGAGAUGUUAUAUCAGCCAAAGUUAUAGUUGAUAUCGUAACUGGCUUAUCUCAAGGUUAUGGAUUUGUGGAAAUGAGAACAGAGGAUGAAGCCAGAAGGGCAAUUAGACGUAGUGCUGAUGCUAUGCUAAAAGGUCACAAAAUUUUUGUUGAUUAUGAGUGUGGUCGUACAAUGAAAGGUUGGAAACCUAGGAGACUUGGUGGUGGUUUUGGUGGCAAAAAAGAAUCAGGGCAGCUUAGGUUUGGUGGGAGAGAUAGACCUUUCAAAAAGCCAAUUGUACCCAAUAUCAUAAGACCCCAUAAUUAACAUAGUUUUAAUUUUAUACAGUGAUAGAUUAAAUUAUUAAUACAACAGGUGUUUAGAAUUUUGUAAUGUAAAGCUAUAUUGUUACACUUGCAUUUGAAAGAUGUGUCUGUAAACUGUUUUGAUCUUGAUUUUGAUCCAAUAUAAAUAUUUGACUAUUCAUUUAAACCCAUUAGGAACAACUCUGAAAUAUCACGACUAUUAUUACUGUUGAAAUCCUAUUUUUCAUUCGAACAAAUGUUACACGAGAAGGAAUUGUUAAAAAGAUUCGUUUCACACAUUUUCAUUCAUAUAUAAAAAUAUAUUUUAAAAUAAAAUCGUAAAUCUUCCUUCUUUUA